UCACUUAUUUUCGUAUUCCAGUUUCUACGUUUGAGGAUUUUCUAUAAAUAGGGGUGCCACGCGGGCGAGAAAUCCAGUGUAACAACACUCGCACUCGGAUUCGGUUCUUGUUACAUAAAGCUACCAACCCUACUGCCAUGGACACCGAUGACGAUCAGAAGAUGGCGAUGCUUCGCAAAGCCUUCCAGAUGUUCGACACCACCAAGUCUGGCUACAUCGACGUCCUCAAGAUCUCCACCAUCCUGAACACGAUGGGUCAGCUGUUCGAUGACUCUGAACUGCAGGCUCUCAUUGAUGAGAAUGAUCCAGAAAACUCUGGCAAAAUCAACUUUGAUGGCUUCUGCAACAUCGCAUCUCACUUCUUGGAGGAAGAAGAUGCCGAAGCUAUGCAACAGGAACUGAAGGAAGCCUUCAGAUUGUACGAUCGCGAAGGCAACGGCUACAUCACCACGUCCACGCUCAAGGAAAUCCUGGCCGCCCUCGACGACAAGCUGAGCAACUCCGACCUCGACGGCAUCAUCGCUGAGAUCGACACUGACGGCUCCGGAACCGUCGAUUUCGAUGAAUUCAUGGAGAUGAUGACUGGCGACUAGGCGUAUCAGCAAUAUUCCCAUAGUAUUAUUAUAUUUAGUUACUAUUUAUACAUUAUUCAGAAGUUAUAUAGACUUCGAUAUUAGUACAAAACCUACUAAUGCGGUAUUAGCAUGGUUCGUGACAAAAACAACUACAUCAUCUUAUCAUCUAUCUUAUAGAUAGUGCGUUUUAUUAGACAGUCUACACUGAGUAGGCCAAGGAUCAGAGAGCGUUCUAAAGAAUUAUUUCCGGAAUAAUUUACAUGAAAUGUUCUUUCAGUU